GAAAAAUCUCCAAUUGAAAAUAAUAAACAAGUCGAAGUAGGUAGCUUAGUGAAAAUGAAGUCUAUUAUCUUUAUUGCUGCUUCUCCAUUUGGAUCCUUAAACAAACUAUGGAAUCCGCAACGAGUUGGAUCCAUUCUUUGUUGUUCUUCAGCUUCAUUAUUGCUUCUUUACAUCUACUAGACACACUGAUUAUCUCAAGUAGACUAACCACCGACCAAAAUAUCCAGCUGAUAAAGAAGCAGACCCAGCUGCCUCUGCGUUUCAACUCUGAUGGAACCUUCAAAAUUCUGCAGGUGGCGGAUAUGCACUACGGGAAUGGGAAGGUGACUCGGUGUAGAGAUGUAUUGGAGAGUGAGUUCAAUUAUUGUUCCGACCUCAACACUACUCAGUUCUUGAGGAAAAUGAUUGAGAUUGAAAAGCCAGACUUGAUUGUAUUUACUGGAGAUAACAUAUUCGGAGCAAGUGCCACUGAUGCUGCAGAAUCUUUGUUUGAAGUUUUUGCUCCUGCUAUAGAAUCCGGAAUUCCAUGGGCAGCAGUUUUGGGGAACCAUGAUCAAGAAUCUACCAUGAAUCGUGAGGAACUUAUGUAUUUAAUCUCCCUGAUGGAUUAUUCUGUGUCACAAACCUUCCCAUCAACCAAAGUUACCUCGGAUCCAGUAAAACAGCAACAAAUAACAAAUAUUGAUGGAUUUGGCAACUACAAUCUUGAAGUGUGGGGUGCACCUGGCUCAUACUUUAGUAACAGCAGCAUUCUUAACCUAUAUUUUCUAGACAGUGGAGAUAGAGCUGUUGUCGAUGGAGUUCGGACUUAUAACUGGAUCAGGGAAUCUCAACUAAGUUGGCUUCGUGAUAUUUCUAAAAGAUAUCAGGGACAAUGGAAGUAUGCUGAUCAAUCAGUCGAGAGUUCUCUGUCAAUGAUACAUCCUGCACUAGCGUUUUUCCAUAUCCCGAUUCCAGAAAUUCGUCAGGGUCCCAUAAAAGAUAUUGUUGGCACGUACCGGGAAUAUGUGGCAUGUUCGUCAGUAAACUCCGGAGUUUUGAAGACCUUUGUCUCAAUGGGGGAUGUUAAGGCUGUUUUUAUAGGUCAUGAUCAUACUAAUGAUUUCUGUGGGAAUCUACAAGGUAUAUGGUUUUGCUAUGGUGGAGGCUAUGGAUAUCAUGGUUAUGGUAUAGCUGGAUGGCCUAGAAGAGCAAGGGUUAUACAGGCAGAACUUGGAAAGGGAAAAGACGUGUGGAUGGGUGUGGAGAAGAUCAGAACAUGGAAACGACUUGAUGAUGGUGUACUGACCAAGUUUGAUGAGCAAGUCUUGUGGGACAGAAAAUCAUUAAGAUGAAAGUAUCAGGGGUGGUACGGAAAGCGGGUGAGUGGAUAGGGAGAAGCUGAUCAAGGGAGAAUUGAAGAUGAUUGAUAAUCAGCAUGAAAAAAUAUGGACAAAGUAAUCUAGGAGAAGCAUUGGAGGGUGAAGUUGGAAAACAGAACAAGAGGAGAUCACUCUUGGUAGAGGCGGAUGGAGCUUAUAUACUAUGAACCCAUUAAUUUUAAAUCCUAUAUUUGCCUCUACUCUUGGGAAUAGGAAAAGUUUGUCUAUGAAAAGCCAAGAGUUGAUCCACAUUUGAAAUAUUAAUAUUAAUUAAAAGAAAAGAAAGAAGCUUGACAAAGUUUGGUUCAAAAGCCGCCUGAGCCAGCUUAUCCGUCUAUGAACCUUGACGAAGUCAUUUAAAACUCGUGAAUGUCUGCUACACUGUGAUGAACAAGUGACAUCGAGAUGUUAAAGAAGUUUGGAUCUAUUGUCAGCGGAAAAUUUCUUUUCUCUGUCUCAUAUGUAAUUUGGCUUGCUAAACUAUGGCUUCAGUCAAAUUAAGAUCUUUUCAUGAGAAAUAAAUGUGAAUUAAAGUCUAAGGCACCAUAUGUUCAUCAUUCUUGAUGGAAACUGAUUAAUGAUUAUGUUCAAAUGUUUCUUUUCAUGGUUAUAUCUCGAAUAAAAAAGCAGUUGAAUUAGAUUAUUUCGCAAUAAUUCCCCUUUUCCUCCAUUGCUU